AUGGUGGUGAAGAAGGGAGUGAGGGCUCGGAUGACGCGCGCGUCAGCCGAUUGGGGGGGGCCAAGCUCAGGCAGCGGCUCCGGCCAGCCUACACCGGCUGGGGUACCCAUAUUAGCCUCAGCGAUGCGCCUAGAAAUAGAUAAGAGUAUCUGUCAAGACAACUACGCCCUGAUUAGUUGGUUUGUAUCCAAAUUGGACCAAACGGUAUCUGUGCCAAUACCUACUCUACACAAGAUGAGAGUCAUUCAUGAUCAACAGCCAGAACGACGCAUGCCACUGGUGGAUGCGGAACUCAGACGACGAUAUGAUUUAGCUAUCAACGAUUGUGGAGACGAUGAGGAAGAUGAUCUCAUUCAGAUAAGUCAAUACACUAGUGAGUCGGAGCUCAUGCGUUCACGCUUAGAUGACCAGAUAAAUGAACCACCUCUUGAUAAAACUACUAAAGACUUCAGAAUUUCCUAA